AUGAAGAAGUCUACUAGUGCUCGUCGGGUGUCACGGAAGGUUGGCGCCGAAGAGGAUGACGGACCAGCGAACGGGAUAGCAGAGGAUUCAGGACCCACCCUCCAGCGACAGACUGUCAAACCACGAAAGUCUGGUGUUCUACGAAAGUCACUGGGACCGUCCGCAGCAUUCCACGACGAUGACGAGCCUUCUGGUGUCGUCACUCCCAAGCGUGGAAGCCUCUCAAAGAUAGCAUCGCAGCGCAAUGCUGCCUUACGGACGAGUGCAUUACCGAGAAAGCGAUCGCACGAGGAGGACGAGGAGCGGCCAAGCUACACCACCGCCUCAUUACAGGAGCUCAAAGACAGCACGCCCUCAACGCCGCAAGACUUGGCAUCUGGCACGGAAGAUGCAGCUCUACAGGACGUUUCAGAAGCCACUCGCGGUCUCGACCUCUCCUCCAAAUUUGGCUCCUCCUUAGCUCGCUAUCAAGCCCAACAACUCUCCUCCGCCAUUCCAUCCGCAGCAGAGAUCGCGGAAAAGAAGGCCCGUCGAGCCCGUCUAGCGCAAGAAGACAAGGCAGACGAAUAUAUUUCUCUCGAUCCGGACGAUCCAAACCUUGACAACGAUGGCGGCGACGACGAUAACGUGAUGAUCGACGUGAACGGCCGUCUCGUGCUGAAACCCAAAGAUAAAUGGAACGAAUCCGAGAGCCGUCUCAUCAAGGACGACGAGGAUAUACUGGAGAAUUUCGAGGACUUCACCGAGGAUGGCAAAAUCCAUCUUGGUCGUAAUGCUGAGCGUGAAGCGGAGAAGAAACGAAGGCGAGAAAUGGCAGACCAAAUCGCUGCGGCCGAGGGCAGCGAUGCAGACGAGUCAGAUUCAGACGCCAGUGAGCGAGAACGAAAUGCCGCUUUCGAGGCUGCGCAGACCAGGCAUGGGACCUAUGGUUCUACACACGAUGCUGUCAAAGCAGAUCCUUACGCGCAUUUACGACCCAAGACACCUCCUAUGACUUCUCUUCUGCCUACUCUAGAUGGUGUACUGGAUCGCUUGAGGAAGCAGUUGAAUGAUAUGCAGACUAGUCGCGCGCAGAAAUUGCAGGAGAUGCAGAUGCUGAAGAAGGAAAAGAUUCGGUUGGCGGAGGAGGAAGUUAGGAUUCAGAAGGCGCUGAAGGAGACGGCGGAGAAGUUCGAUGGGCUGAUGAGGAAGAAGGGAAUUGUUGGGACUGGCGGGACGGGUGUGGCGGCCCCGGGGGGGCUGUUGACUGCGGGAGAGGCGAAUAGAGUGGUGACUGGGGAUGCAGAUCAUGUGGGUGUGAAUGGGGACAAUGAGCAGAAUGCUGGGGAGGGUAAUGAUCAAGACGGCAAGAGCGGAAAUGAGGACGAGAAUGAGGUCGAGGAAGUGCAAGAGGCACCGGCUUCGCACAUGGGGCUAGGCUUUGCCGGCAUGAGCACCGCACCAGGACUAGGCAUGGGCAUGGGUCGACCACCCGCAGCAGAAGACGAUUGGUAG